UAUUAGACAUGGCGGAGAACUCUGAACAACAACUAUCUAAAUUGAGUGAAGACAAAAUAAACGAUCAUAGUUGAUUAGGUGAACCCAAUAAAGCCAUCACAUUAAAUGAUUGCUUCAAGCCCUAGAUCUUCAGAAUCUCCCUCUCAAUAAGUGUAUCCCCACUCUCAUUUAUAACACUCUCCAAAGGAAGGACAAAAAGAAGUUUCUUCCUUCACUUAUCAAGCAUUCAACCCCUCUUUUUCUCUCUCUCUCUCUCUCUUUCACCCCAACAACAACAGAGCAUAGAGAACAGUGAAGUACAACAUUACAGCUGCAUGAACUGAAACUGAGAAGGUUACCACGGAGUGCCAUAACUCAAACAGGUACAGAGAAAGCUGAAGAACAAGCUAUUGUAGCGAGUAGGGUUUCAGAGUCAUCAAAGCAAGAGGGAAAGAAGAGUUUUUGACAACAUGGGGUGGAUUAUUGGACUAUGGACUCUGAUGGGUAUCCUUUUAUGUCGGUGGUUUCUUUGUGUGAAGAAGGAGAAUAGUGAUACACUGAAGAAGAAGAAAAAGGGAAAAGUUCCAAAAGGGAACACAGGGUGGCCUUUACUUGGGGAGACCCUUGAUUUCAUUGCUUGUGGCUACACCUCCAAUCCCGUUAGCUUCAUGGAAAAGCGCAAGUCUCUGUAUGGGCAUGUGUUUAAGACGAGUAUUUUGGGAACUGGUGUGAUAGUGUCCACGGACCCGGAGGUGAACAAAGUGAUUCUGCAGAAUCAGGGGAAUAUCUUCGUCCCUGCUUAUCCAAAAUCAGUUAGAGAACUAAUGGGAGAACACUCAAUACUCCAAAUGAACGGGAACAUGCAUAGGAAAAUCCAUUCACUCCUUGGUGGGUUCCUCCGAUCCCCACAAUUCAAAGCUCGAAUCACCAGAGAUAUUGAACAUUCUGUUAAACAAUGCUUUGCAACUUGGACCCACCAACCAGUAUACGUUCAAGAUCAAGUCAAAAAGAUUACAUUUACUAUUUUGGUUAAAGUUCUGAUGAGCAUUGGCCCCGGUGAAGACUUAGACUUCUUGAAGAGAGAAUUUGAAGAGUUCAUAAAGGGGUUGAUUUGCUUACCCCUCAAGUUUCCAGGAACAAGACUUUAUAAAUCCUUGAAGGCCAAGGAAAGAAUGAAGAAGAUAGUGCAGAGGGUAAUAGAGGAAAGGAACAAUAAUAUCCACAAUAAUAAGGGCGGUGCAGCCAAUGAUGUGGUGGAUGUGCUCUUACGGGAUCAGAGUGACCCCAAGUCUAUCCCUAACAUGUUGGAAAAUAUCUGCGAGAACAUCAUUGAGAUGAUGAUUCCUGGGGAGGAGACUCUUCCCACCGCUAUGACCAUGGCUGUCAAGUUUCUCAGUGACUCUCCUGUUUCUCUAUCCAAAUUAUUGGAGGAGAACAUGGAAUUGAAGAGGCAGAAGAAUAGUUCAGAUGAUUAUGCUUGGAGUGACUACUUAUCACUGCCAUUCACUCAAAAUGUUAUCAGCGAAACUCUUAGAAUGGCAAAUAUUGUCAAUGCCAUUUGGAGAAAAGCAGUGAAAGACGUAGAUAUUAAAGGGUACCUAAUUCCUAAGGACUGGUGUGUUGUGGCUUCUCUUACCUCUGUUCAUUUGGAUGGCAUGAAUUAUGAAAACCCGUUGGAGUUUGAUCCGUGGAGAUGGGAGAAAAUUGGAGCUGGGGCUAAUAACAAUUGCUUUACACCAUUCGGUGGUGGACAAAGAUUGUGCCCUGGGAUAGAACUCUCAAGGCUAGAGCUCUCUAUUUUCCUUCACCAUCUUGUUACUACUUACAGAUGGGUUGCUGAAAGGGAUGAAAUUAUCUACUUUCCAACAGUUAAGAUGAAGAGGAAGCUCCCAAUUAGUGUAACAACCAUUAACACCUGAUUGGAUUGAAGAAUUAAAGAAUUCUUGUACAGGAUUAUAGAUAGAUCAUAGAUGGAUAGAUAGAUGUAGAUAUUUGUUUCAGUCUAGAGGGUAAAAUAUGAGGAGACAAAACGAUUA